AUGUCGUAUGCGUCCCAUCCUAAUGACUCGACGCGUCAAAGUACGUUUAAUUCUUUUCAUCAGGAUCCAGCCUCUACGUCUAUUCACCACCAGGUCAAUUUAUAUCAGAGAAGCACGCCUCGCCCGACACCAGUAAACCUGGCGACCAAACCCCGAAACACACGCUAUUUUCAACCUGCUCAACGUCAUCAUUAUCCGUCACGAUCUGGAUAUCAAGGGAUAACCACAGAAAUCAUUGACGACAUAAUUAAUUCGAUACUCAGCGAUGAAGAACGUGUCAAGUACGAAUCCAAAGUGUUCCUCCCUCUUCAUGACCUCAUAUUCCCCAGCAAUCGUCCAAAGCGUACCGCAACUCGUUCCCAAAACAGUUUUAUAAUCUUUAGAAAAGAUUAUCAGGCUCGUAUAACUGCUGAGCAGGGGCCAGAAAUCGGUUCGCGUCUCAAAGAAAUUUCUCGUAGCGCGAGUCUCUUUUGGAGGAGUUGCUCGCCCGAGGAUAAAUACAUGUACGAUCGGAUUGCUGCGUGUACCAAAAAACUGCAUGAUAGGAUGUCUCCAAAUUAUAUUUGCAAACCAAUGAAAAAAUAUGACGGCCAUUGUGGGAGCGGCAGAAUGAUCGAAAGAUAUUCGGCCACUUUCUUUAUGCCAAUCUCUCAGGACCAACGAAAAAAUGUGUCUCCCUCAUCUUCCAUAACUAUUUGCAGAUCGAGACCCGAUGAAUAUGUCGCUAAUGACCUUACUUCACAUUGCUCAUUUAGACCAUCAGUUGACCGACUGCAAAUCAAUUCGUUAUCUUCUUACGACAAAUCGCUCAUAGAUUCGGUUGAUAGAAACACCAGAAUUUGA